CGCGCGGUGUGGUGUGUGUGGCUGCCGUGGCGUGGCGGCCAUAUCUGCGGCCUGCGGCCGUCAUGGUUUGCAGAUUGGGUCGCUGCCAACGGGGGCCCAAAUUGGCAGUAACUAUUUCUGUGUGUGUUGGUGAUGAUGAUGGUCAUUCACGUAUUUGCAGGUUUAUAUUUUUGGGCGGUUAGUUUAGGAUGUAUCUCAGAGUACAGUCUGUGCAGUUGUGUGCAGUUGUCUCUACUCUUCUCCCCGUCCUCGAAAUAGGUCCCACCCCCAACCCCAAUUCCCUCGCUCCCCAGGCGGUGUCUCGGGCACCGCCUAAACAAAAAAGCAAAAUAAAGGGGGCGGGCGCGAGGAAGGGAGGGGGGCAGGUGAUAAGCACGGAGAGGAAUUACAAUCGUCACCUCGGUCCUUCACCGAGGUUUUUGAAAAUGUCUCGGAGCCCCCCAAUCCCAAUCUCCGCCCACCCCCUACCAUCAGCCAGCGCACAGGAGGAACACGGUUUGAUCUACGACAACUCACCCCCACCCCAACCCCACCGAUGCCCGUCCGUCCGUCCGUCCGUCCCUCUCACAAUGCAGACAUCGGCAAGGAGAUGGGGCACAAUGCCUGACCGCAGCGCGCGAGAUGGAGUUUCAGGCGGCGAAGGGAGGGAGGGAGGGAGUACCCGCACCGUUGCGUGGGGCGCAGGGUAGGGCGGAGCAGCGCGAGACAGGAGUGUUGUCGAUUGAGGCUGGGCGGGCGAGUGAACAUCCAUCCUGGAGCCAUCAGGACAUCAAGGCAACCAACACAAACCCCCGAUCAGCAAAACGGCGACGCGCCCACCGUGCUGCAUGCCUCGCAGCCCGCCUGCGUCAAGGGCCUGCGCCUGCAAUGGUUUGUCGCCGUGUCGUGUCGCAGCCGACGGUUUCGGGCGAGAUGCAGCGCAUCCCAGCGCUGGUGUUUGCAGUGCCCAGACCGGAGCGGCCCAAGGCAGCUCAGCUUGGGACCCAAGUCGGGCGCGAGCCAGAUACCUCCCUCCUCUCCUGCCCUUUCGGCGCCGACGAAUGGGCGACCCCGACGCCAGCAAGCGGUGUGAGGCCCCAAAGGCCGCUUAUCCGCUCUCGGCGGUCCUGUGACCAGAACCUCAUGCGCGCACCCGCAUCCGACGGUGUGCGCACCGCUGCACACCACCGUGCCGAGCGUGCAGGUGCAUGCGCAGCGCAGGGUGGUCAAGGCCCAACCCGCUCACGCACCCGCUGCACGAAGCCGCGUCGCCGCCGCCACGAACAUGCCUAA